CUGAAUGAAACUUGUGCAAGUGCAAAGGACUGCCUACUUUACCUCAUAUGUCAUGUUCUACUCAAUAGUAUUUAAACCUUUUUAUACAGGAUGACUACAGGAAACAUACGACAGAUCUGACAAAGUUUCCGGAGGUGAAGGUGCUACAAUGAGUGUCCGGUGUGUGAUAGUUGGAGACAAUGAUGUAGGAAAGACCCGUCUAAUCCUCAACUAUGUCAGAAAGAUCUUUCCUACAGAUUACCUUACCCAGGUUAACGUAGACAACCAGACCGUCACCCUGCACAUUGUAGACACUGCUGGCAGUGAGGACUAUGACCGUAUACGCCCUCUCUGCUACAUCAAAGUCAGUGUUGUCAUCAUCUGCUUCUCCAUUGCUAACCCAACUUCCUAUGAGAGUGUCAGGCGCAAAUGGCACCCAGAGGUUAAACACCAUUGCCCCAAUGUGCCAAUUCUCCUUGUGGGAACAAAGAGUGACCUGCGUGAUGAUCAGGAGGUCCUGGAGAAACUGAGGGAGCAGAAUCAGACCACAGUGACCCAGCAGCAGGGAUCAAAGCUGGCAAAGCAAAUAAAGUCUGUUAAAUAUCUUGAGUGUGCCUCAAUCAACCAGCAUGGGCUGGAUGAGGUGUUUGAAGAGGCUGUGCGGUCCGUUCUUAGUCAUUCAUCCAUCACCAAGAAUCCCUGUGUCCUCCUGUAGGCUAUAGCUUGAUAAGAGAAUUUUAUUUUGACGUUAUGUUUUGUGCAUUUUAUAUGUCUCUGUUAACUGAGCUCAUGGUGUUAUUUGUUUUUAAAGACAUUAUGUUUGUACAAUUCUAAAGGAAGCUUUAAGUGAAUGCUACAGAAGUGUUGUACUCUAUAUACAUAUGUAACAAAG